AUCGUUUCAGUGUCUCUUCAAAGACUGCGAGGAUGCGCGUUGGUCGUGCAGUUGCUCGGUUUUUAACAGGCGUUCUUCUGCAGGAAGAUUGCAGGGUUGUCCUGAGGACUUGACUGGAAAGUGGUUUCAUAGAGCAGCCAUCUGUCCAUCUUUCACUUCAAUUGAGCUCAUUUUGAGCUCGUUUGCACUGCUUAUAUUGAGUCUCUUUACAAAGCCCUUUAGAGUAAGAAUGGCAGGAGCUGAACAUCCUUAAGGUGUGCGGCCUUUGAGGCGCUUUUUGACCCCUUGCAAUCCUGCCUUGAUCAUCAUUGCUUACAAUGAGUCGAAAGGUGAACCCUCAUAAGGCUCAGCAUGGCAAUAACAAAGGAGGACCAGCACCGCUUGGGGACGGACAAAGCAUUUUGCAAAUGGCCGCCAAACUCAAAAGAUUUGUAAAGCAACAGAAGGGCAAGCUAGAGAAGAGCGCGGCGCUGCAUGAGUGGAUGGUUGCUCAUCAGCAGCUACAAGACGAGUGUGGAGCGGCAGAGCGAGAUGCUGCUCAAGCCCAGGAGGCCAUCUCUGAGUUUCUGCUAGAUGGAGGAGACCAAGUUGAAGGUUCUCAAUCUGAAGGGGACUCAAGGGAGCUGAUACUAAAAGUUAGGGACUUGCGGCAGCGUGUUGCUGAUAAAAGGAGACGCUCCAGCACCUUCGAAACGUCUUCACUGACAGACGAGCUCAGACGCAUCCGGGAGGAGCUCGAACAGCACAAGGAGGAGCUCGAACAUCAGGAGUCAGCUUGUAUUGCUGCUGGUCCGUCGACUUUUGAGGAUGAGCCCGGCAAUGACGAGGACGUGACUUGGCAAUCUCGAUUGGAGGAACUCUUCAGCAGGUUCCCCACCGCCUGCGACGAAAAGGAAAAGGCCGAAUCGAGGCGGCUCUUUGCGGACCUUGUUGAAAACUUCUUGAAGAAACGGUCAGAGUUCGAGGCGACCUGCCCGCCCAGCACCCACGCUGGCUGGUCGCUGGAAGACCACGAGACGUUUCUCCGGGUCCGGCGGGCGGGGCUUGCGGAAGCGAGUGCCACGUGUCAGCCGCAGUCGGAGGUCGUGUCCAGGGUUUGCAGGAUGAUGCCGCAUAGAGCUCAGAGGGAUAUUGUACAACAUUCCGAAUGGUACGCUGAAAGACUCUUGUGGCGACGAAAGCUGGAAGAUUUACAUGCGUCGAAGUCGCGGCAGCUGGACGAAGCGUUGGAGAAGCUGGAGAGGAAACUAAGCAAGAAAGAGGCCGGCUUUCGAACCGCUGCCGCCACGGCUUUGGACACGAUCAAACGCGAGGCUGUGCAGUCAGUUUUGCAAAGCAAGCUCGAUAACCACCGGAAAAUUAAGGCGGAUAGCGCGCAGCUAGAACUGCAGAAGCGGCUUGAAAUGGCGGAGACUGAGACGGAAAAGAAGCAACUGGAAGAAAGGAGAGCGAAAGACGAAAAAGCGAAGGCGAAGGCACUUCUUGAAAAUUACCGGGCGGAGAUCGAGGAUCUAGCGCGUGAAAAAGAGCAGGAGGCCACGAAAGGAAGGGCGUUGAGGGAAGAAACAACCAAAGCAGAGGCGCAACUGAACGCGGAGCGCGUGGAGUUCCGCCGGCGCGCGCACGCCAAGAAGGUGGACCAGCUGCGGCGCGCGGCCGCGGCAUCGGAGGCGCGCGAGCGCGAGAAGGAGGAGCGGCUGGCCAAGCUCCGGGCGCAGGUGGCCGUCCAGGUCGAGGCCGACAAGGCCCGCGUGCUGCAGCCGACUGCCGCCAUGCUCGCCGCGGAAGCUGCGGCCAAAGAGUCGGAGCUGUUCCCCGUACACGGCUUCACGACCGAAGAGUUGAUGCGGGACAAGCGCUUCCGGCUUGGUCUGGUGCUCCGUGAGGCUGGCUUGCACAACACGGCCGCCGGUCGGGACGCUCUCAUAUCUGCUGCCCCGAAACCGAGGAAGCCAGACACGCUCUCGCAGAUCCGUUUCGCUCCCGAGAACCUGCCCCCGUAAGGAAACAAGGUGGCAGACCGUUCUUCAAUGGUUUAAGGAGAGAUCACUUGUAAAAUACUCGCAUCUCGGAUAGAACUUGACGACUCGCAUGAGGUCGGGCCACUGACCAGUACCUCCAUAUCCGUACCUUCUCGUAUCAAUAUCCGCUUUGCCAUGUUCAGUGGGACCGGAACACCGCGGGCCAACGAUGUAGUGUCAUUUUGUGAUUAA